UUUGGCGCGGAUCCCGAUCUGACCCGAGAGGGCGGUUCAAUACCAGUGGCCCUAACCUUCGAAGAGGUGACCGGAAAGAGUGUCCUUCUGUUGCCAAUCGGCGGUUGUGAUGACUGCGCGCACUCACAGAACGAGAAGAUUGACCGCAAGAACUAUAUCUCAGGCACUAAAGUGUUGGCCGCAUAUAUCCAUCACUUGGCGAAUGUCUGAAUACAAUUCAUCCCACAGUUUAGUCUCAAUUUAGUGAUUAAUUUCUCAUAUGUUGAAUACAAACCGGAAUGUAAUAAAACAAUACUAUAAUAUAUUAAACAUAAUU